AUGGCAAAUUUGAUUGGAGUGUGCAGGAUAUAAUUAGUAGAUUGCUUUCAAAAAGAAAUACAAGUUGAUAACUUUAUAGAUAAUGAGAUUGUUUAGGUUACAGAACUUAAUGUUGAAUUCGAAGAAGAAGGUUUUAAAUCUAAGAAUUUUGAAUCUUGUAAGCAAUUAAUCACCAAAUUAAUAUCAAAUACUCAUUUAAAAAAAAUAUCUCUGACUUUGAAAAAACAAAACAAUAUUUAAAGCUUAUGGAAGGAUAUUUAGUUGAAAAUUAAUGAACUAAUUAAUUUAGAAUUUCUUUAUGUAGAUUUGAAGUAAUUUUUUUUUUUUGAAUAUUACUUAAUUUUUUAUAGACAUAAUAACUUAGGAGAUAGUUGCUUUUUACCUUAUUUUAUAAAGGCUAACAAAUAAAUUUAGCAUUUGGAAUUACUGUUUGGUAAUAACCAUAUUUCAGAUAAAUUUGUGACUAAUUUAGUAGACAAUUUGUCCAAUAAAACUUAACUUAAGGAAUUGUUAUUAGAUUUUUCAUACAAUAUUAUCAAAAAGGAAAGUAUAUUUUUAAUAACCUAGUGUAUAAGUAAUAACCUGAUUAAUCUCUCUAAGCUAGCUUUAUAUUUGACUGGUAAUAAUGGAUUUAAAAAUAAUGAAAUUAACUUAGACUUAGGAUUUUUAUCAAGAAUUAAUAGCUUUUAUGUAGACUUGGCUGCUGUUAGACUUAGUGAUGAAAAUUUUAUUAAAUUAAUCAGCUGCUUAAAAUAUGCAAUUUGUAUUAAUGAUCUUUAUUUGGUUUUUAACAACAACAAUAUAUCCUAAAAAGGAUUUUCUUUUCUUAAAUAAAUAAUUAAAUAAAAUACUCAGAAUUUGUCUAAUUUUGAGAUUAAUUUGAGGAGUAAUUAAUAUGAGGCAGAAAUUGAAGAAAUAAAUGAGCUAAUACAAAUUUUAUUAGAUAAGCCUUAUAUUCAAACAAUAUAAGUUAAUGAUUAAAGUUUUUAAGAAUUGUUGAAUGCAUUUGAUUUAGAAAUUUAGUCAAAUAUCUUAUUUAAUGUGGUCCUUUAAAAGUUUAAAAUUCCAUUUUAAUGA